CUGACGUCAUCACCCCUCGCUCGAACCCGCGGAGCCGCCAUCGCCUUCCCGUCGUCCCAGGCUGGAGGCCGGCGGCGGAGCGAGCGGCGGUAUGCGGUCUGUCAGCUACGUGCAGCGCGUGGCACUCGAGUUCUGUGGCAGCCUCUUUCCGCACGCCAUCUGCCUGGGGGACGCCGACAACGACACGCUGAACGAGCUAGUGGUAGGAGACACCAAUGGGAAACUCUAUGUGUACAAAAAUGAUGACAGCAAACCCUGGACAGUACGAUCCUGCCAAGGAAUGCUUACAUGUGUUGGUGUGGGAGAUGUAUGCAAUAAAGGAAAGAAUCUUGCAGUGGCAGUGAGUGCAGAAGGUUGGUUUCAUCUUUUUGAUCUGACUUCCCCUUCGAAGCACCCAGAUGCUUCAGGCCACCAUGAGCUAGCAGAAGAGCAGAAGCUAGUGUUCAAGCAGCAUAUUCCUGCCAACACCAAAGUCAUGCUAAUCAGUGACAUAGAUGGAGAUGGGAAGUGUGAGCUGGUGGUAGGUUACACUGAUAGAGUGGUGCGUGCCUUCCGCUGGGAGGACUUGUCGGAGAAUUCAGACCAUCUCUGUGGGCAGCUGAUCCUGCUGAAGAAAUGGUUGCUGGAAGGUCAGGUGGAUAGCCUUUCUGUGAACCCAGGCCCUGAUGGCUUACCAGAGAUGAUGGUGUCCCAGCCAGGCUGCGGUUAUGCCAUUCUGCUGUGCACCUGGGACUCCGAGCAGCAACCCAUGAUAGAGGGAAGAGACAGCUCUUCCCCUAGCAGAGAGGCCCCUGUUCGAGAUGUUAUUCUCCACCAAACAUCUGGUCGGAUUCACAAUAAGAAUGUUUCCACUCAUCUGAUUGGUAGUAUUGGCCAAGGGUACUCCAGUGUGGGUAAUGGCUCGGGUCUCUUUGCCCUUUGUACGCUUGAUGGGACACUGAAACUCAUGGAAGGGGCAGACAAGCUGCUCUGGUCUGUGCAGGUUGAUCACCAGCUAUUUGCGCUGGAAAAGCUGGAUGUUACUGGCAAUGGACGUGAGGAGGUAAUUGCCUGUGCAUGGGAUGGCCAGACAUAUAUCAUCGACCACAAUCGCACAGUUGCCAGAUUUCAAGCAGAUGAGAAUGUCAGUGCAUUCUGUGCAGGCCUAUAUGCAUGCAAACAAGGAAGCAACAGUCCCUGCCUGGUUUAUGUCAGCUUCAAUCAGAAGAUCUACAUCUACUGGGAUGUGCAGCUGGAGAGAAUGGAGUCCACCAACCUUUUAAAAAUCCUGGAGAAUGACCCAGAGUUUGACAGUCUACUGCAGGAGCUGGGUGUAGAAAAAAGUGAUGUUUCUGCAAUCCAAGAUCUGAUUUACAAAACACUGUAUUUUCCUGAGAAACUACAGCCUAACAGCUCUUUGCAGUGUCAGAAUCCUGGAACAGACUCCUCUGCCCACCACCACACUGUCAUCCAGAAUCCCUUACAAGAUUCAAGGUGAACAUCUGCCAUCCCAUUGGAAACUCUCUUCUGACUGGAACUGAGCAUUCACCCUGCAUGAUAGUAUUCUCAGCUUGUCUCUUCUCUCUCAGCUGAAUUUGGAUGGGAGUAAUAGACUCACCUGCUGUAUUACAUCCGUAUCUUCUCCCAUUUGUAUAAUGUUUUAUUGGGCAUGCGUGGAGCAGUCCCUUCACCAUUAUGGCAGCCUGAGAGGAUUGUGUAUGAGAUCAAAUAUUAUUAAUUUGGUGCUUUUGUGUUAGCAAAUGAUAACAUUUAAAGAUCUUGAAAGCUGCUUUUUGAAAGCUUUCUGUGCUAUGCUCUGCAAAAUAUCCAAGAGCUGUUCCUAACAGGGAGAAUGAAUUUUGUGUGGAGGAAAAGGAUAUCUUGCCAUUGGGUCAAAAAAUCUGUUGCUCUUUUUUGGGAGAACAGGACUUUUUACAUAAUAUUGCAGCUUGUUUUUUGUUUUGCAAUUUCCAUUUAUAAAUUAAUGAAAUAUUUAUAGAGGACAGCAUCAGUCCUCUGUAUCUUACGGCUGUGAAAAUUGAAGCACAAAGCAAUAAAUUGAUACAACCUGCUUUGUCACAGUGAGCACUCCUGUUACUUCUCAGCAUUCUUGCAUCUCUGACUACUGUGUAACUACACUGGAAGUUUUUCUCCAUUUUAGUGACCUCUCAGAAGUAUUUUUGCAUGCUCCCAUAUAAUACUAAGUGCUUGUGUAUAACUGGACUAAUGAGGCAGGAGCUCUGAAGUUGCAGUAGUGCUUUGGUACCAGUGUUGCUCAAACUAGUGGAAGUUUUCAGCAGCAGGGCUUGAAUUUGUUAUCUGUGGAGAGUUGACAGUGCAGGAACCACAUAUUAUGUAGAGGUGGGAUGAACAGGCUGGUUUCUUUGUACUCUGAGAUACGUUCCUAACCCUAUUGCUACUUGAUUUUAAUCUUCAGAAUUAGUGGACCUGACACAGGGACCACAGUGGAGCAGAGUUCUGCAACGCAGGUUGCUGAAAACAUGUAAUAAAACAACAGGCACGUGUGUCUUAGCAUGUGCUGUUCUAUCCCUAAAGCAAACUGCUGCUCUUCAUCUAUGAUGGGUUGUGUAUUUCCUCCUCAUACAUCCUUAAUUCUGUGGCCUCUGCCUCCUACACUGGGGACAUAAACAGGAUAAUUAUAAAUAACACCAAUGUCUGAGUUCUCACUCAUGUUUUGCACAAUCUGGCAUGUGUACAGCUUUAUAGGUAAUGGACUGUUAUUGUAUGUGCUUGAUGAAAAUGGAGCACUACCACAACUUGUGCCUACCGUGGCCCCACUUGACAUCUUGUUUGUCUUUAGUAAGGCGUGCUGUUUCCACAGAAGUACUCUUCUUGAUCCCAUGUUGGGAUCUCAGAUGUUCCUGCAACAAUUGCUUGGAACAUUUCAUUUGUGACUAGUUGAGCUAAUAUGUUAGCUGGGUCCUACAGGCUAUUGCUGCACUAUUGCAUUAAAACUUCCUAACCCAUAACAGCAAAAGAAGAUUGUCUAUGCUCAUUAACAGAGAACAACUCUGUACUGGCAGUUUAUGCCAAAUAGGUAUCUUUCUUAGCAGCACAAGCACGAGGAGGGUACAAAUGGUUGUAUGACUGAAACUGAUUUAUGCAAAACAAAUUUUGCUAUACAGGUCAAAUGAACAGAUAGUUCAAAUUGAUCUACUGUUGAGAUAUUGAUUUUAUUUUAGUCAAAACAGGAAAGCAUUAAUGUAGAUGAAUGACAUUUUUCUAGGAACCAUCUUAAAAAGAAAAUAUGACAAAACACGUAUAUGUUGCAACUUGUGAAGCUUAGGGCUUUUCUCCUGUUGGAUAUCAUUGCUUUGUGCAGUGCAAGCUCAAGAAUGCUUCUUUGUGGAGAACAGAGGUCAGAAGGUAUGGACGCUGUGUAUCGUGGGUGUCCAACUUUUUUGCUUGCCUGGGCCAUACUGCGUGAAUGGGAAUCAUCUUUUGCCACAUGUAAAAUAUGUAAUAAUGUAUAAGGUUUCAUAAUCAGACAUGAUAAAUUUUUUGAGCUGAAUAUUAGAUUGCAGCUGCGUACAAAAUUCACAGGUAGUGUAUUUAGAUUGAUUGAAAUGGAAUCCCAAAUACAAAAACAAAAAAAGUUUGUUUUUCUUUAAUCUCAAAGCCUAUUCUCAAAUUCUUUUUUCAGAAAGGAAAGCAAGGCUGCAUAUUUCUCACUGCUCACAGGACUGUGUUUAAGCCAGCAUAUCAAAAUGCAUGAAAUUAUUUGAUGUAGCUUGAGCUUGCCAUAAUUUAAAUUUUAUUUCAAACACAGUCAUGUUGGAAACACAGCAGAUGAGAUCAUUUUCAUCUUGAAGCUGCAUGUUUAACUCAUUUAAGUGAGUGGCCAAAUCUGUCAAAAAUGCUAAAUCUGUAAGCCAUUUUUAAUCUUCACAUUCUGACACAAAUUUUCCUUCUGACUCCACAAAGGACUUAAUUUCAUUUCUCAAAUCAUAUAAUAUUUUUAGUGUUCUACCUUUACUUAGCCACCUAGCUUCAGAAAAGUUAAUGGUGUCCCUAUAAUCAGCAUUCUUACUUUUAAGGAUUUCCUGGAAUUGACGAUGACUCAAUCCCUUAUUAUGAAAUACAGAGCUUUGAUGAUGUUUUUGAAUUAUAUUAUCAAUUUUUAAAGCUUUCUCACAUACAUUUUCUUAAUGUUUGAUGCAACAGUAUUUCAUUGUGUGAUUUUUCUUGUGGCAACUGCAUUAUUUUCUCUUAAUUUUAUAAGUCCCUUUUUUUUUUUUUUACCAGCCAUUGGUAGGGUGCUGUCAGUAGCUUUAACAAAUAUGUUGACAAAGGUUAAAGAAAAUUACUUGAAUGUAUUUUUUACUGUUUCAUACAAAUGGGGAGAUGUAGUUGUGUCUUUUAAAGACACCAAAUUUUCUUAUAUUCACUUGGCUGUAGUCUGGCAAGACAAACUAAUUUUAGAAAAACCUGCUUUGGACAUAUUAUGUGUGCCGUGCUUUCCAUGCAUUGCUUAAUAAACUCUUCAGUAAAUGGUUUUAA